AUGCCGUUAGAACGCGACGCCUCCGGUCGAACUUUCAUCCACCACCCCUCCGGCCAACGGACUCACUACAUCAUCAACGACUUCACCGACCCAUGGAAACCACAAGAGACAGUCUUGAUACAGCAUGGUUUCGGGCGCCACGCCGCCUUCUGGUACCACUGGAUUCCCGUUCUAUCUCGCAGAUACCGUGUCAUACGACGGGACUUGCGAGGCCAUGGAUACUCCAGCUACCCUCAAAAAUCGGAGAAUUAUGACUAUACCCUAGAUACGAUAUUAGGCGAGGUUGUCGAUACGCUCGAUCAGAUGGGUGUGGAGAAAGUGCAUUUCCUCGGUGAAUCGACAGGAGGCAUUCUGGGCGAGAUAUUCGCAGCCAAAUACCCGGAAAGACUUCUGAGUCUGACUGUUUGCUCUACACCAACUUAUUUGCCUCCAGUGGCUUUACGACUGUUCGCUUUCGGUAGGAAGAAUUGGCCGACAGCGUGCAGGGAGCUUGGGUCACGAGGCUGGGCAGAAGAGUUGUCGCGGAUUCCUGGCACGAUCCCGGUCGCAGAUCCGCAAUAUCUUCCAUGGUACUUGGAACAGAUAGCUAUAAGUGACGGUGAGGGAUUGGCUCAAUACGCGGAGUUUCUGUCGACGUUGGAUGCGAGGCCGUGGUUGGAGACGAUCAAAGUGCCAACAUUGAUUCUGUCGCCGACGCAGAGUGCUGCUGUGAGAGUCGCAGAUAUGAAAGCUCUAGCGGAGAAGAUUGAAGGAAGCAAGCUCGUGCUUGUCGAGGGUCCUGGACAUGAGAUAUACGUCACUCAAGCGGAGCAGUGCCAGCGGGCGUUCCUGGGAUUUCUGGAGAAUCUGGACAGAGACAUCACUAGAGGAAAGAAUUAA